AAAAAGUUCGAAUUGCAGGCCCAACAAUCCCGCAGCUCUUCGUCGUUGUCAGCGCCCUACUUCCGGAUAUCCAAUUCGACCCAAGAAAACGAUGUACGCUGUACGGUUACGAGCGUCCCGCGCUCAUCUGGGAGCACUCGCACGAUCUCCGUCGUUACUGGCCGUGAGAGCUCCCUUCUCCACGCAUGCCGGCCACAUGAGGCCCGUAUUGGGCGGAUCCGAAGACGUCGAGUCACCCGAGGCCGGCGCGCGCAUUCCUUUGAGUAUCCAAGCGAACUACUUCGAGCCUUUGCGGCGGCAGGUAACGCACGGGGGGCUGGCGGUGUGCGACCUGCAGCUGCGGGCAUACAGCGUGCGCAAUCUCGAGAUCAUGGCAGAUUUUGCGCUGCGGGCGGCAUACUACGCGAAGCUCCCCGCGUUCGGACCUGUUCCGCUGCCGAAGAAGAUCGAAAGAUGGACUGUACCGAGGGGUAACUUCGUCCAUAAGAAGUCCCAGGAGAAUUACGAGAGGGUUACCCAUAAGAGGUUGAUUAGGAUCAAGGAUGGGCACCCAGAGACCGUCGAGCUGUGGCUCGCGUUUCUGAGGCAGCAUCAUUACCAUGGUGUCGGCAUGAAGGCGAAUGUGUGGGGUUGGGACGAAAUUGGCGUUGGCAAGAAGAUGAACGUCAGUCUCGAGACAUUGCGCGACGUUCCCCGGCCGAAGUACGCCCAUUUCGGCCCGAGGAAGAGUUCGGAAACCGCCUCCGCGGCACAGGAGAUCCUCAAUAGCCCCGAGUACCGCGCAUUGGAGGAUGCUGUCGGAGACCUACCCGCCAUGGAGGCUGAGGGAGCUGCUCCGGUCGAGGAGGCUGCUGCUGCUUCGUCGGCUGCGGAGGCUGCUGUGGACCUGCCGGUUGAGGAGGCUGCUGCUGCUCCUCCGGUCGAAGAGGUUACUACGGACUUGCCGGUCGAGGAGGCUGCUGCUGCUUCUCCGGUCGAGGAUGCCGCCGAAGCUCUGCCGGUCGAGGAGGUUGCUGCUGCUUCUCCGGUCGAGGAUGCCGCCGAAGCUCUGCCGGUCGAGGAGGUUGCUGCUGCUCCUCCGGUCGAGGAUGCCGCCGAAGCUCUGCCGGUCGAGGAGGUUGCUGCUGCUUCUCCGGUCGAGGAUGCCGCCGAAGCUCUGCCGGUCGAGGAGGUUGCUGCUGCUCCUCCGGUCGAGGAUGCUGCCGAAGCUCUGCCGGUUGAGGAGGUUGCUGAAGCUUCGCCAGUUGAGGAGGCUGUUGCAGCCCCACCGGUUGAAGAGGCUAUCGGAGCUCCUCCGAUUGAAGAGGCCGCUGUGGAACCACCGGUUGAGGAGGCUGCUGUAGCUUCGCCGGUUGAGGAGGCUGCUGUGGAAGUACCGGUCGAGGAGGCUGCUGCCGCUCCGUUAGUCGAGACUCUUGAGGACUUGCCGGUUGAGAAGACUGUCGAAGCUUCGCCGGUUGAGGAGGCUGCUGUGGAGCUACCGGUCGAGGAGGCUGCUGCCGCUCCUCCGGCUGAAGCGGCUGCCGUAGCCCCUCCGGUCGAAGAGGUUACCGGAGCUCCUCCGGUCGAGAAGGCCACUGCCGCUCCGUCGGCCGAAGAGGCUGCCGAUACUGUGCCGGUCAAGGAAGCAACCGAUGCUGCUACGGAAAAGACUGUAGUACCGCCGAAAGAGCCGGCAAAUUGAUACCGUAAUGACUCGAAAUCGAAAAUAUACAGUAUUAAUUCACCAUUUUUCGAGAGAAUGCCUACAUUGCCAUCAGUGCGACAGUAGUGCCGUGUUCAUAACUCCUGGGCUUAAAACGGUGCCAUUGU